AUGAAUUAUAAAUUAACAGAGCCUCUUUAAGGUCAAGAUCAACAACCUGAUAUAGUUGGUGAAUUUAUAACUCCAAAAGGCAAAAGAAGAGUUUUGCAUGGGUUUUCUAAUUAAAUAAUUGUCGCUAACAAGAACAAAUUGAUUUCUUUAUCAUUCGAAACCAAAUUUUAGUUAUUAAGAGAAUCAUGCGAGGAGAAGUUUAAAGUUGGAAAACCACUAGGAUUAUUAAUUGAAAGGGAAAAUGUCGAACAUAAGAUAAAAUUAUUUUCAGAUGACACUUAACUUCUAAAAAGAUGGAGAGAUUAUUUGGCAAGACAUAUAAAUUAAAGAGCAUUUCAUGAAAGUUUUAAGGCCCAUCGAAAAAUUGGGAAGGGUAAUUUUGCUUCAGUGUAUUUGGCUGAUCGUUUGGAGGAUGAAAGAAGUUUUGCAAUUAAAGCAUUUUCAAAAGAAGUAGCCUAUGGUUAGGAUAAAGGAAAAGUAAACAUGCACUGUAAUAAUAUAGAUGUCUAUUUUGAAUGAAAUAUAAGUCAUGAGACAGCUUGAUAGUCACGCCUUAAUAAAACUACAUGAGGUUUAUGAAACUGAAAAUUCGUUAUAUAUGGUACUUGAUUUACUGGAAGGAGGAUCUUUGUAUGAUAAGGUAAAGAAUAGGCCAUAGUUUAAUUCAUUUGAAAUUGAAGUGCUAAUGUUUACUUUAUUAGAAGGAUUAUAACAUAUGCAUUCAAAACAUAUAAUGCAUAGAGAUUUAAAACCAGAGAAUAUUUUAUUUAGAAAACCAAAGUAAUCACUAAUCCUUAUCAUUUAUUAGCAAUAUAUAGUCUGUUUGUAUUGCUGAUUUUGGGUUGGCUUAAAACGCACAUGAAUUUCCAUAUUUAUUUAAUAGGUGCGGAACACCAGGAUUUGUAGCCCCAGAAGUGGUGAAUUGUAAGGAUGGAGGAAGAUAUGAUCCAAUUUGUGACGUUUAUAGUUUAGGCUUAAUAUUCUACAUUCUGUAACUAUUUCUGUUAUAUUAUAAGAUUAACUGGCAAACCUGCAUUUCCUGGAAAAAGCUAUAAUGAUGUAUUGGCCAAAAACAGAAAAUGCGAAAUAUUAUUCGAUGGGGCCUUAUUUGAGAAUGUUCCAUAACAAGCAUAUGAUUUAUUAAGAAAGAUGUUAGAAAAAGAGCCAAAUAAAAGAAUCACUGCUUAGUAAGCUCUUGGGCAUUCCUAUUUUGGUCGAAGAUUGAAACAAGUAGAUGAUAAUGAAGAGACAACAUUAAAAGUAUAGGAGGAACAUUUAAAAUUUGAUAAAUAGAGAUUAACAUAGUUAAGCAAUUCACCACUUAAUUCUCCUUUGAUAGCUGCUUCAUCUAGAUUAAGGAAAGAUUGUUCAAAUGAUAGUUUAUAUCAAAACAGUCCUUUGUUAAAUGGACAUACUGAUUAGAUAGGUACUAUAAUUUAAUAUUCUAAGAUUCUCCUUUAAAUAAUGGAUUUAAUAGCCCUUCUGCUUAAGGUAGAUAAUUAAAUAGGGCUGAUUAAUAAUAAUAACAAAAGCCAUCUAGAUUUAGAGAUUUUGAUGGAAAUAAUACCAAUGGCCAAGGAAGUAAUACAAAUUCUAAUUCCAAACCUUUUAGUCUAAAUUAAAAUCCUUUACACAAAUACGCAAUAAGAAAUGAAAUGGUCAGAUAGUAAAAUAACUAAGAAUAGAAGCAUUGA